UUGACACGCAUGCUAUCAGUGUAGUUGAAGUGUGUGUGUGUUUCAGGAUGAGCACAGGGGGAGACGAGGACUCAGUGACCCUGGAGUCUGUCAACUCUGUCACGCUCACCCAGGACAGUGACGGCAGUAUCAUACUACACUGUCCUACGCACGAUGAGGACUCGGAGCCGAUCCAGAAGAGACUGUGUCUGACCAAUGAGGAACAGACAGAGACAGACUCCGCCCCUCAGUUCUCCGUGGUCACCCUCCCCAUGUCAGAGGGAGACGAGAGCUUCGAGGUCACGAUGACCGCCACCGCCGACAGUGACAUCACAGAAGAGGGCGUGGCCCAGAUACAGAUCCUGCAGAGUGAGGAUCCUCAGAACAGUGAAGAGAUGUCUCCUGUCAGCCAGGCCUGGUUCACCACCAAGGAGGACAAAGAUACACUGGUUAACAAAGGUCAUAAGUGGAAACAAGGCAUGUGGUCUAAAGAGGAGAUCGACCUUCUGAUGAGCAACAUCCAACAAUAUGUGAAGGGUCGGGGUAUGGAGGACCCAGCUGAGAUAAUCUUUGAGAUGUCUAAAGAGGAGCGUAAGGAUUUCUACCGCAGCGGGCCUGGGUCUGCCACGCGUCCGUCUGCCCGACGAGUCCUCCGCUGUAGAUAA